CUAGGUUUUCUUUGAUUGACACCUCUACUUUGUCUCAGUUUACUUCUGAGUUUUGAAGCAUCAACUAGAUACGGAUGUUAUUUUAAAUCUUGUUUCGAAUUUUAUUGAAUUGUAUUGUAAAUUCUGAUUUUUUUUCUGAAGGACCAAACCUUUUGCGCUGUAACAUCGAUUUAAGUUGGUAGUUUGGCGGUUCGAGAUUUUAAGUUGUGUCGUAGGACAAAUCUAAACAAAUACGUGGCGCACUUGAAUGAUCACAAAAUGGCUGCUACGACUACAGUAAAAGAGAGUAAACAUUUGGAGUUUAUUCUUCACGGCGUUAAACAAACUGUUGAUACGAAAGGUCUUGAACCUGAAACAACACUCAAUGAAUAUCUUCGAGACCAUAUGCACCUCACCGGCACAAAAUACAUGUGUCGUGAGGGUGGAUGUGGUGUCUGUAUUGUUUCUGUUACCGCAAAGAAUCCACGAACAGGUGUUAAGGAAACAUUUGCGGUUAAUUCUUGUUUGGUGUCGAUUUUGUCUUGUGGUGGUUGGGACAUCACUACAACUGAAGGCCUAGGCAAUCGUAGUGAUGGGUACCACCCAAUUCAGCAGAAAAUUGUUCAGUUCAAUGGUACCCAAUGCGGUUUUUGUACCCCCGGUAUGGUUAUGAAUAUGCAUGCGCUGCAGGAGUCUGGAAAAAUGACUAUGGCUGAGAUUGAGAACUCUUUUGCUGGUAACCUUUGUCGUUGCACAGGAUACAGACCUAUUUUAGCCGCUUUUAAAUCAAUGGCAACUGAUGCCGACCCUAAGAUCCUUGGAAUCAUUCCUGACAUUGAGGAAUUGAAACUUUGCAAGAAGGAAAACUGUAGAAAAACAUGUCCUACGCCUUGUCAAGAAGUGGAAACACCUUUAGUGUAUGAGCUCAAACAACCUUGCUCAAAGAAACGAACUGAUGCACAAUUAGGUGGUGUUCCUGUCCCGGCCAACAAAAACUGGUACAAGGUUGCAACCGUUAAAGAACUUUGCGACGUCUUGAAAACUCGUGGUGAUGAAGAUUAUAAGCUAGUAGCUGGCAAUACUGGCAGAGGCGUGUAUUGGGACAUGGACAAAGCGAAAUAUUACAUCGACGUCAGUGGAGUCCCUGAAUUGCGCUCCAUCUCUCACAACACUAAUAAACUUGUUCUGGGAGGAAAUGUGACCCUUACCGAGAUGAUGGAUACAUUUAUCCAAGUUGGUAAAAGCGAUGAGAAUUUCAAACAUCUAUUGAAAGCACAUGAUCACAUGGAUCUUGUCGCAACUGUACCAGUUCGUAACAUUGGUACAAUUGCUGGUAAUCUGUAUAUGAAGUAUAAGCAUAACGAAUUUCCAUCUGACGUAUUUCUCCUUUUGGAAACUAUCAAAGCUAAACUUGUUCUAGAUAGCAAUGAAAGAAAACAAACCCUAACACCUCGUGAAUAUCUUGGUCAAAACAUGUUCAAAAAGAUCAUUCUACGUAUCGAAAUACCAGCUCUCGAUUCAAGCUACAAGUUUGAAUCAUAUAAAAUCAUGCCCAAAUCUCAAAAUGCGCAUGCCCACAUCAAUGCUGCUUUUCUCUACAAACUUAAUCCCCAAAAUGUUGUCCAAGAAGCAAAUAUUUGCUUCGGAGGAAUCAACCCUACCUUUAUACAUGCAACAAAUGCGGAGAGGUUUAUUACUGGCAAGCAGCUAUUUAACAAUGGAAAUAUGCAGACACUUUUUGACAAACUCAACGCCGAAUUGGUCCCGGACUUUGAACUUCCCGAUCCUAAACCUGACUUCCGAAAAGCUUUGGCGAUUGCACUCACAUAUAAAGCUAUAUUAUCUAUUGCUCCUGACGCAAUGGUCGCAAAAAUAAACAAAAGCGGUGCACAGAAGUUGGUACGAGCUGCAGUUUCCAUGGGGACGCAGGAUUACAAAACAAAUAAAUCAAUGUAUCCAAUUGGUCAGCCAGUAGAUAAAUAUGAAGCUGCUGAUCAAGCCUCCGGGGAAGCAAAAUACAUUAUGGAUUUGCCUGAUUUACCCAAUCAGUUAUUUGCUGCUUUUGUUAUGGCAAAAGCCGCAGCCGGAUCGGUUGUCAAGUCUAUUGAUGCUUCAAAAGCUUUGGAAAUGGAAGAUGUUGAAGGGUUUUACCAAGCAUCUGAUGUUGAGGCAAUGGGAGGAAAAAAUACGUUUAUUACACCUUUUUCUUACAUGACCGAAGAAGAAGUACUAUUUGUUCCGAUCAAUGGCAAAGUUCAAUACUACUUUCAACCUGUUGGCGUCAUUGCAGCUAAAUCCCAAAGAGUUGCUGAAUUAGCUGCGGACAUGGUUCAAAUUGAAUACGCUGUUUCUACUGUUGGUCCACUACUCACCAUCAGAGAUAUUCUGAGUCACAAUGAAACCUCAAGGAUCACACAUGAUCAUACAGUUGUUCCCAAACACCAAGAUUUAAACACACCUAGGAAGCUAAAGGGUAAAUUUGACAUCAACUGGCAGUUUCAUUACCACAUGGAAACCCAGGUCGUUAGUGUCGAACCAGACGAAGACGGUAAAUACAACAUUCAUCCAUCUACUCAAUGGAUGGACGCUGUACAAGUGGGUAUCACUGGUGCCCUCAAAAUCCCGGCGCAUAAACUUAACAUUACUGUAAGACGCUGCGGAGGUGGAUACGGCGGUAAAAUCUCCAGAAAUAACUGGGUCAGCGUUGCAGCUACUCUUGUUGCAAUGAAACUCAGGAAACCUGUUAAGUUUUGGCUUCCAUUCCAUAUCAACAUGAAUGUUAUGGGUGGUCGCAAUCCUGUUUCCAUUGAUUAUGAUGUGGGUUUUGAUGAAAAGGGCAAGAUCGGUUUUCUAAACCACAUGUUUUACCAUGACACCGGUCUGCACAGGAAUGAGUUACCAAGGGAGGCAACAAUGGAUUUACUUUUGAACACUUACAACUCUGACGCAAUGCAAGUAGAUUACAAUUUCGUCCGUACCGAUAUGCAUGCUGCAGCAUGGACCAGGGCACCGGGAAGUGUUGAAGGAUUAGCCAUUAUGGAAACAGUCAUGGAGCAAAUCAGUUAUAAUCUUGGUAUAGAUCCUGUAGAUGUGAGGUUAGCUAAUUUGAAUGUGGCUAAAUAUCCUGUCCUGGGGACAAUAUUUGAUAACUUCUUAAAGUGGUCCGAUUUUCGUGCAAGAAGGGCAGCAAUUGAAACUUUUAACACUGAAAACCGUUGGAGGAAACGUGGAAUUGCUUUGGUACCAAUGGUUUACAAUCUUAAUUUCUAUGGUAAUUUCCAAUGUCAGGUUUCUAUUUAUCAAGCAGAUGGCACUGUCUCUAUAUCACAUGGAGGAAUUGAAGUUGGGCAAGGAAUAAAUACCAAGGCUGUUCAAGUUGUUGCUCAUACAUUGGGCAUCGAUAUGAAUUUAAUUUCGGUGAAUCCUGGAAAUAAUUUUACUGCAGCCAAUUGUAUGUGCACUGGAUUAAGUCAAACAAGCGAGGCAAUUUGUUUCGCUUUCCAAAAAGCAUCUGAGGUUUUGAAGAAACGCAUUGAUGAAGCUACUACAGCUGCAAAACUUCCAGCAGACACCCCGUGGCCACAAAAAAUAAGGAAUUGUUAUUACUCAGGCGUUGAGCUUGUUAGUAAUCAAGUGUGGGUUAGCAAUCCGAAGGAAUCCAGAGGAUAUCCAAUUUAUGCUGUAGCAGCUACUGAAAUAGAGAUCGACAUUCUGAGUGGAAACCAUAUUAUCCAACGUGCCGAUAUUAUGGAGGAUGUAGGCGAUAGUAUGAGUCCCAUGGUUGAUUUAGGACAAUGCGAGGGUGCUUACAUUAUGGGCUUGGGGUAUUGGACCAGUGAGGAAAUGAUCUUUGACCACGAAGGUCAGAAGAUGACUAAUCGCACUUGGACGUACAAACCGCCUGGUUGCAAGGAUAUUCCAGUUGAUUUUAGAGUCAAGUUCCCGGAUGGUAUGCCAAAUCCGUUGAGUCCUUUCAAAACAAAGGCUACUGGUGAACCUCCGCUUUGCUUGGCUUUCUCUAUUGCAUUAGCAAUUCGGCAUGCAAUUAAAACUGCCAGGACCCAAUCGGAUCCCAAGGCAGAUCCAUGGGUGGAUAUAGAUGGGCCUUGUUCGGUGGAAUGGAAUUUUAUGAAUAGUCUCAACAAUUAUAAACAAUAUAAACUUUAGUUUAACAUUGUUUACUGGAAAUAGGAAAUAACAGCAUAUUAACAUUAAUAGUAUUAAAUGCUUAAUAAAUAAUACACAAUUUAAAUAAAUACAAACUAAGAUGCAUGUAUAAAAUAAAACAAAAUAUAGAAAUCA